AUGCCUUCCACCACAGACCCUACACUUCAAUUCGACUCGAUUGAAGAUACAAUCGUUGCAUUCAAGAAUGGCGAAUUCAUCAUUGUCCUCGAUGAUCAAGAUCGCGAGAAUGAAGGCGACCUUAUAAUUGCGGCUGAUUCCAUCACGGCGGCCCAGAUGGCCUUCCUUGUUCGCUACACAAGUGGAUUAAUAUGCGCUCCCAUCACCCCGGAUCUAGCCAAGCGCCUCGCCCUCCCCCAGAUGGUCACCGAGAACGCCGACCCCAAGGGUACCGCCUACACCAUCACAAUUGACUCUAGCGACGACUCCGUGACAACUGGAAUCUCCGCACAAGACCGCGCCCUCACAUGCCGUACCCUGGCCUCCGCAGAUGCCCAGAUCGACUCCUUCCGACGCCCCGGCCACAUCAUCCCGUUGCAGGCGCGCCCUGGCGGCGUGCGUGAGCGCAAGGGCCAUACCGAGGCCGCUGUUGACUUCUGCCGAUUGGCUGGUAAGGCGCCCGCGGGUGUGAUUGCGGAGCUGGUGGAUGAUGGCGAGGUUAUUGAGGGUGUGGCGGAGAUUGGAGGGAAUAACGGCAUGAUGCGUCGGGAUGGAUGCUUGCGCUUUGGAAAGCGGUGGGGAAUUAAGGUCUGCACUAUUGAAGAUAUGGUGGAGUAUUUGGAGAGGACGGAGGGUUCUGCGAAGUCUGUCUCGAAUGGUCGUCAUUAA